AUGUCGCGCAAAGAGGCUGAAGAACAAGUAAGCAGCUGGGGAUUCCAGCAUGUCUUUACGUGGUCCGACCGGGCCAACGCGCACUAUCCACCGCACGCCCACGCGGGCUUGACUACUCAUUUGAUCCUGUCGGGCGAGCUUACAAUCACCUACCCAGACGAUGCGAACCCAAGUAAAGAGACAUUCGGUCCGGGCAGCAGGCUGGACGUCGAUGCAAAGAGGCGACAUGAAGUUUUUGUAGGGAGCGCGGGCUGCACCUAUGUCAUUGGAGAGUGA